CCUCGUCUGUCACAUAUAUCACUGAACACUAAUAACUAGAGACCAUUAUGUCUUCCUGCAGCAGCAUGGCAGCAGGAAAGAAAAAAACUAAGGCAGUUACCUUGAAAAUGGCUCAGCAGUGCCAAGAGAUGUUGUUGGACAACAAAUGGCGCCUGGACCUUAGUUUCAGGGGCAUCACCACAGUGCCAAAGGAAGUCCUGAUGCUGUACGGUAGGGAUGAGGUGAACCUGAGCAGGAACCUGAUCAAAAAGCUUCCAGAUUUCUGUGAAACUAUGGAAAACAUCAACGUCUUGGACCUGCACAGCAACAAACUGGAGCAGCUCCCUGCGACAAUCUACCACCUCAAAAAUCUGCAGGCUUUGAACCUGUGUAAUAACUGUCUGAAGGGGGUUCCCAAAGAACUCGGCCUGCUAAACAACCUCCAGACUCUGCACCUGGGUAUGAACCAGCUGAAGGUUCUUCCCGGUUCCAUCGGAGAUUUGACGGAGCUUCGCUACAUCGGCCUCUCUGACAACCAGUUCACCCGCAAACCCCACUGUCUCUCAAGGCUGAAGAAACUGGAGAGGGUCAACCUGGACAGGAACCCCAUCCUCACUGAGGAUGAACAGCCAUGAGUCAUACACGACAGAAACUUUGUCUGGUCAAAAAGAGCUUCCUGUGUGAGGACUGUCUGAAUAAUUGCCAGGAAGAAGAUGGAUGAUGGAGCAGAUAUGUAGCCAUUAGUGUAAUGCCAAUUAAUUGUUAUCAAUCAUAAUUAAUAGUCUUUGCACUGUUGUUUACAUUUUAACUAGUCAGAUCUGAUACCUGAUGGCACUCAAGUGUCCCCGGUCUUUCUCGCCGCAGAGGUAUAUAUAAUCUUACAGAGUUGGAUACAUAUUA